AUGCUUAGACUGUCCAGUUUGGCAAGCAUUUUGUCUGUUCCUUCGCCCAGAACACGCAGACCAACAAACUCCUGUAGAUCGUUGUCGGGAAGCUCUGCGGUGUACUUACCGUACUCGUUGACCGGAGACCCGGUACCGGCCGUGUCCGUAACGUGGUCGCCGUGCAAAACAGGAAACGCCACAUCGACAGAGCUGCCCGAAUAUAAUGGGUUUUUGUAUUGGUAUUCCAAAAGUGUAGCUCCAGGUAGCACAACGUCUGUUUCCUUGAGGUCCGGGUCGAUCUUGCGCAGGGACUCAACAAGGUUUCGUCCAACGACCAACUUAUCCCCCCUGGACUCUAUAAUGGUGUACUCCAUGUUCUCGUUGACAGAGAUGGCUCUAUUGGAGGCCAGCGUCCACGGGGUCGAGGUCCAGAUCAACAACGACACGUCCUGUCCAACAACGGGGAAUUUGACGUACGCGGCGGUGGACCGAUGCUGCGGGUUGUACUCGAGCUCUCCCUCGGCCAGAGCCGUUGCGUUCUCACAUCCCCAGUAA